UAUGGUCAACACAGAUUUUUUUGUAAUUUCAGGAAGGAGCCAUGUAUGCCACUGCCCCUGAAAGAGGACGAGUUGCAGGGGCUGGUUUCCAUGGCAAAAGACUGGGCCCUCACUCACGGAAUCACUAUGCGCACGGCAGACAGACCAACAUCAUCAGAAGUAACAAAUUAUGCCCCUUUUCUGCUUCUGCCUUCACCAUUCCCAGAGCGGCUUUUUCACCAAGCAUGUGCAGUGCAGCAAGACUUCAAUCUUCUCUAUCACCGAGUAGCACACGACCAUGACUUUCUGCAGUCAACUCUCCAGAGUGUUAUAAAAGUGGAUGACUACACCAAGAGAUUGUGGGAAAUUUAUGAGACAGUGAGAAAGGAGGGAAUUAAACAGCCUGUGAGUCUUGCUAUCAACAGAAAUGAUUUUAUGACUGACUCUCAGGGCCGCACCCUCUCCACCCCGGAAGAUGUGAACACCCUGGGGAUCAAAGAGAUUGAGUUUAACACUAUAGCUUCUGGUUGUGCUGCUUUAGCGACUCAAGUUGGGAUUUUCCACAGGUUUAUAUUUGAAAGAUGUGGUCUCAAAGACAAGAUUAACAAGCUACCUGCCAAUACAGGUGUCUCAGACAUAGCCGGCGGAAUGGUUCAAGCUUGGGAACUGUAUGGCAACAAAGAAGCGGUGAUGUUGUUUUUGACGGAGACUGUUUCGAGAAACAUAUUUGACCAGCGCUGGCUGGAGUGGGGAAUAUAUGAAAUCAACAGCAAGGUGAAGGUCCUCAGAAGGAGUUUUGAUCAAGUUUACAGAAAGUCGCAGCUCACUGAGGAUAACAAGUUAAUCCUUGAAGGUCAUGAAGUGGGUGUGGUCUACUUCAGAUGUGGAUACUCCCCUAAUGACUACAUCACAGAAGAGGACUGGACAACCAGACUAAGGAUAGAAAGGUCCACUGCCAUCAAGUGUCCCAACAUCUACUAUCAUCUGGCAGGUGCUAAAAAGAUACAACAAGAGCUUGGCAGGCCAGGAGUGGUGGAACGGUUUAUACAGGAUUCCGAGGCUGUGAAGAGAAUUAGAGCAACUUUUGCUGGCAUGUACUCCCUAGAAAGGGAUGCUGAGGGCGAUGCUGCUGUUGCCAUGGCAAUGGAGAAUCCAUUCAAAUAUGUUCUCAAACCUCAAAGGGAAGGCGGAGGAAACAAUUACUUUGGAGAAGAUGUCAGAAAGGUGUUGAGGCGUGUGCUAGACAGUGAUGAGAGAAUGGCGUACAUUCUGAUGGAGAGGAUCCAUCCUGUGCCUUUCCAAAACUACGUACUGCGUGCUGAAUCUCCUGUACAACCCAAUACCAUGCUCAGUGAAUUGGGAGUGUUUGGGGUGCUUAUUGGGACCUCUGACCAUAUCAUCACUAACAAACAGUGCGGGCAUUUACUGAGAACCAAAACAUCGGACAUCAAUGAAGGCGGCGUGGCGACAGGGACUUCUGCUUUAGACAGCCCGUAUUUAGUAUGA